AUGGAGGAUUAUGAUCAAGUGAGUGAAAACACAGCUUCAAGAGGGAGUUUCUUGUACGGAGGUCUGCUUCUUGGACCAAGCUCUUCUGGUUAUGUGAGAGAAAGAAGUAGUAUUGAGAACCAGCAAACCCAGUUGCCGAGUAAUAGAUUUCAUUUUCAAACAAGCGAGUGCUAUCAAUCUGAAGGGCAAGCACACCAGAUUGUGAAGACUGAAGCGGGCAGUUCUCAAAAUGCUCAGAAGUUCCACUACCCAAUUUUCAGAUCAGGUCAUCAUCAGAGUACUGUUCAAGAUCAUCAACAACAACAGCAACGAGAGAAUGAGAGCCUAAACGAGGCUGAAGAUAUUAAGGCUAAGAUCAUCGCUCACCCUCAGUACUCCAUCCUUUUGGAAGCUUACAUGGAUUGUCAAAAGUUGGGAGCUCCGCCUGAGGUGGUUGCGCGGCUGACAGCGGCUCGACAAGAGUUUGAGGCAAGGCAGCGAGCUUCGGUGACUGGCAGAGAUGCUUCAAAGGACCCAGAACUCGAUCAAUUUAUGGAAGCUUAUUCCGACAUGCUAGUCAAAUAUCGUGAAGAGCUUGCAAGGCCCUUACAAGAGGCUAUGGAAUUCAUGCGAAGGAUCGAAACACAGCUAAAUACACUUUGCAAUGGUCCCGUGCGAAUCUUUACUACAGAUGAGAAGUGUGAGGGUGUUGGGUCGUCUGAAGAGGAUCAAGACAAUAGUGGUGGGGAAACAGAACUUCCUGAGAUUGAUCCACGUGCUGAAGAUCGAGAACUUAAGAACCACUUAUUGAGGAAGUACAGUGGUUACUUAGGUAGCCUCAAGCAAGAACUUUCAAAGAAAAAGAAGAAAGGAAAACUACCCAAAGAUGCCCGCCAGAAGCUACUUAGUUGGUGGGAGUUACAUUACAAAUGGCCAUAUCCAUCAGAGACAGAGAAGGUGGCCUUGGCUGAAUCAACUGGUUUGGACCAAAAACAAAUUAAUAACUGGUUCAUUAACCAAAGGAAACGACACUGGAAACCCUCUGAAGAUAUGCAAUUCAUGGUCAUGGAUGGUCUUCAUCCACAGAAUGCAGCUAUGUAUAUGGAGGGUCACUACAUGGGUGAAGGUCCUUACCGCCUGGGGCCGUGA